CUCUUCGGUUCUCGAAUUUGGACUACUCUACCGCCCCGCCCUAAGCCAACCCUCGCUCCCGCACGCUUAUCUCUCUCCGCCGGCUGCCAGAGAAUGGACGACGAGGGGACGGAACCCUGUUGGAGCUGGCCGUACUGGAAAUUUGGCUUAAAGAGAGACGACCUCUUCAAUACCCUCCACGACCGGUACAACACGGUCCCCUCCCCGAUCCUCGACCCCGAGGCGUUCCACCACGAUGUCUACGAGAUCUCGCACCAAGCCGACUCGGUCGACGAGUUGCAUCGCCUGCUCCAGGCCCGCAAGCAGCAGCGGCUCCGCGAGCUGAACGAGACGCUCGAGUCUGCGUCGUUUGAGAUCAUCGCCAACCCGACCCUCAUCGGCACCGAGCAGUGGCAGCACGCGGUGCAGCUGUUCCGCACCAGGUCUCUCGAUUCCCUCGUCCGCCUCUUUGCGUCGUAUCUACCGUCCGACCACCCGUGGCACAAGCCGGCGCAUUCCGCGUCGACCUCGGAGGCGGGCAGCAGUGUCGGGUCGCUCACUGACUCUCACAGCACGCUGUUUGACGAAGCUGAAAGCCCCGUCAUGACAGAUGAGCCGUUGGAGUACGCACCGUACCGCAAGCAGCUCCUGCCGCCCUCGCCCCGGUCGAUGACCAUGUGCUCGGAUUCGUCGGUUGCCUCGCCGAUCGACGAGGACGACGGUCCUCACCACUUCGACGGCUUCGGCCCCGCGACGCCCUUUCGCACGCUUUCUUUCUCAGAAUCUGAGCCGGACUGCUGUGACAUGCCCGAGUCGCAUGCGCCUGGUAAUUGUGAGCUUGCCUCGCGGUGCACUGAUUCUCAACCCGCAGUCGCGACUGUCCCCGAGACGGUCGCGGAUGGUGUUGACAAUGAGACUGUUGCCGCGAAGCAGCCCGGUUCCCGCGAUGGAGCGGCCGUGCUCCCCCCCUCUUCUUCAGUGGACGUCUCGGACUGCGAGACCCUCACCCCCACCCCCCAACCCGAGGCGCGGCCCGCCGCCCUCUUUGAAGACACGAAAGACACGAAACCUGCCACCCCCAACCGUCGAUACCGGAGCCUCUCGCCCUCCCGCCCGCACCCGCUGUCUGAGCGCGACCUCGACGAGGUGCUCUCCGCCCACCGCGAUCCCCGGAACGCGCAGCGUUCGCGGCUCGCCCGGAGGGAGAGGGAGUGCAGCCCGGCGGUGCAGCGGAGGAGGAGGAGGAGGAGCCCGGUGGAGCCGGCGACGAGGAUACAGAAGCCGGCGCCAGAAGUCGCUCGGUCGAGACCCAGGAGUCGGAGAUGGGCCGUCGACAGCUAGGGAAUACGCGGCGUUUUUGGCGUUCAGGAGGUUUGGUGGUUGGGCCUACCUGAUACCCUCUGUAUAUGUGUCCUGUACUUGUACAUAUCCGUUUUGCUGGUCUACGGCGUUGAUCUUUUUUUCCGUUCACUUGGCGUUCCAGGUUGUGUUU